AUGACUUUGGAAGCCUUGGUUCUCGACAAUGGGAAACGCCGUAAAGCCAUCGUGUCUGAAGGCACAGGUGACACGUACGAGGAAAUGGAAUACGUUAACCUCAAAUCAUACACGAAAAUGUCUCGAGCCGUACACAAAGAGUUAAUGGAGAAGCACCACUCGAAUCUAACCGAGAUAUUGAAGAAUUCAAACGCAUCGCUGCUCAGAUGUCGAGCUGGGAACGCGUAUAUAUGCAGCUAUUGUCCUGCAAAAUACCCAGAUGCAGCAGAUCUGAAAGCGCACACACUCCAAGAACACGAUGGCGAAUAUCAUCUAGGAGUUGCUCAAAGAAAAGGGAUAGCCGAAUACCUUGCGAAAUUGGACAUAACCGACCUGUGUUGCAAAUUAUGCAAUUCAAACGUAGAAACGUUGGAAUGUUUUAAAGAACAUCUAUCUGAUGUUCACGGCCUACAUAUAUUUACAGAUAUCAAUAAUCAUAUCCUACCAUUCAAGUUCCACGGCGAAGAAUUGAAGUGCUGUAUCUGUUCCGCCGUAUUCGAUAAAUUCAAGAUACUUCUUGAGCAUAUGCAUUCCCAUUACAGGAAUUACGUUUGUAAUUUCUGCGGCGCUGGUUUCGUGAACCGCAGCGGUCUAUUCCGCCAUAGUUCGACCCACGAGAAAGAUGAUGACUAA